GUCAUCCAAGCCGCUAGGCUCGGCCUGUGUCUUCUUCCACUCCUCUCCUAUAUUUAUAUCUUCAGUCUUCUCUUCUAUCGUAGCAACUAGCAAGCCAUAGCUCAUUACGUGUAAGCUGAAAAUUCGACGUUUGUUAAGGAUAUUCUUCUCCGAAGGAACUUUAUAUGGCUCUUGUAUCUGGAAGAAGGUCAUCGCUGAACCCGAACGCGCCGCUGUUCAUCCCGGCGGCAGUGCAGCAAGUGGAGGACUUCUCACCCGAGUGGUGGAACCUCGUCACCACCGCCACUUGGUUCAAGGAUUACUGGCUGAGCCAGCACCAGGGGGAGGACAUCUUCGUCGAGGAGACUAAUGGGAAUGCCGCUGGUGGAUUGUUGCCCGAUAACUUUGACCUUGGUAUCGACGAGGAUAUACUAAACAUGGAAGCACAGUUCGAGGAAUUUCUCCACUCUGCUGAGGGCCAAGACUACUACGGCAGCAAGGCUGCCAUAGGAAUCACUGAUAAUGGUUUUAGCAAGAAUGCAACUCUGGUGAAGGCUCUGAGCAUGCCGAAGGAGAGGGGCUACAUAUCACCGCGGGAGGCGAUGAGAUGGGAGAAGCCUGCGAAGAUUGUGAGCCCAAAGUGCAGCCCUCGAUUCAUCCAGCAACCUCGUUGAGAUCCAAGGUUGGAUUAGGCUGUGUAGCUUUUUUCUGUAUAGAGCAAGGUUUGGCUCUCUUGUACUUAGCCUUGUUCAUAUCCUGCCUUGUUUUAAGCUUUUCACUAAUGAAAAUGUAAACACAAAAAGAAGAAACGGAUAUGUAAAAGCUCUACUUGUAUUGAACAAAAAGAGAGAUUCCAAAAAUUGUCAUCUUCGAAUA